UCAUCAAAAUUUCUCUCUCUUCUUUUCAUUCCCCUCUCACUUUCUCUCUCCUCUUCCGCCAUAGCCUCCCUCCAUGAAAGCUCUGCAACAAAAAACCUCAUAAAUAUCUACUUCAUCAUCAAUGGAGGAACACGAGAAGUGUGGCUGCUGGGCUGUCCUUAAACGCACCGUUUCGGACGCCUCCAAAUCUUCCCCCUCUUCCAAACACUCCCCCAACUCCAUUCCUCGUGUUACUCUGCUUUACGAUUCAGCUACCGAGACGCGGUACCUAAACGCUAGCAACCGAGAUUUCUGCCCUCCGGCCGAAGCUCGGCUAUCGUUCGACAAUGCUCCGCCGCCGCCGUCCUCCGCGGACAAAAACAAGCGGCAGUUACUGAAAUUUUCAUUUCAGGAACUAAGAUCGGCGACCGGAAAUUUCCGGCCGGAUAGCAUACUUGGAGAAGGAGGGUUUGGAUUCGUCUUCAAAGGAUGGAUCGAAGAGAAUGGCACAGCGCCGGCCAAACCUGGAUCAGGAAUCACUGUCGCUGUGAAAAGCUUGAAGCCGGAUGGUCUUCAAGGCCACAGAGAAUGGGAGGCUGAGGUUAGCUUCCUUGGACAGCUUCACCAUCCCAAUCUUGUUAAGCUUAUUGGAUACUGUAUUGAAGAUGAUCAAAGGCUUCUUGUAUAUGAGUUCAUGACGCGUGGUAGUCUUGAAAACCAUCUUUUCAGAAGGACUAUACCUCUUCCAUGGUCAAACAGGAUUAAAAUUGCACUUGCUGCGGCCAAAGGCUUGGCCUUCCUCCACAAUGGUCCAGAACCUGUUAUAUAUAGAGAUUUCAAGACAUCAAACAUAUUGCUUGAUACGGAGUACAAUGCAAAGCUUUCGGAUUUUGGCUUGGCAAAGGCUGGGCCUCAGGGAGACAAAACACACGUUUCCACUAGAGUAGUUGGAACAUAUGGCUAUGCUGCACCAGAAUAUCUAAUGACUGGACAUUUGACGUCAAAGAGUGAUGUCUAUAGCUUUGGCGUCGUCCUACUCGAGAUUUUAACUGGGAGGAGGUCGAUGGACAAGAAACGUCCCAGUGGUGAGCAGAAUCUAGUGUCAUGGGCUAGGCCAUAUUUAGAAGACAAAAGGAAGCUUUACCACAUAGUGGACCCUCGCUUGGAGCUCAACUACUCCAUCCAGGGGGUUCAGAAAAUCUCUAAACUAGCUUCUCACUGCAUCAGUAGGGAUCCAAAAUCUCGUCCCACCAUGGAUGAAGUUGUCAAGUUUCUCAUUCCGUUACAGGACCUUAACGACCUCGCCAUCUUAGCCUAUCAUUCGCGCUUGUCUCAGCAAGGUCGACGAAAGAAGAAAUCAGAUGGACUGCACCAGCUAACAUACACUCAGUCAAGAAACAUUAGAACCUCUCCUAUGAACGUCGGAAUCGUUCAUCGUCGUCGAUGAACGGUAGGCUGUAACUCCUCAGAGCCAGAGAGAGCAACGGACGGAAGAGGAAAGGUACACGAAAAGCUUCUUCUUCUUCUGACCAUGAAUUUGGAACAUUUGAAUUUCUAUGUAUGGCUCUCUUUUUUGUUGUUCUGUGCUGUCAUAGAUGCAAUCUUAAGAUCUUCAUUUGCAGCCUUGUGGUACCUCAAGAAUGUCAGUUGCUCUGAGUUUGGAAUUAUUGGCCAUUGUGUUUGUGAUUGUUGUGUACGUUUAUAUUGCUGGCUAGCAUCUGCAAUUUCUGAUAUUA